GUGGUGGAGCGAGCGCCAAGUGAAGCAGGCUCGGGGCAGGACCCCGGAGGAACCGACUGGCUACGCAACUGUGGAGGGCGAGGGCGAUGACUUUGUGAUCGAGCUCGCCGAUGAGGUCCUCGCAAAUACGCAAGCGCCCCUCCCUGUACCAUGGGAGAUCAAGAAAAACGACCCGUCGUACAGAGACACCGGCUACGUGGGCGAACAUAACCUCCUGGACUCAGCGAAGGUGAAGGUCCAUGUGAGCUCGCUGGACACCGGGCGCGAGGCUCAAGGCUUCCCUCCCGUGAUCCUGAUCGCCAGGUUUCUGACCGAGGAGGGCAACCACCCCGUGGAGCCGCCCAGCUACGACCGCUUCGCGGGCGGCGGGGGCGUCGAGCUCCGACACCUGGCCGGCAUGGCGAACCCGACGUCCGAGCUGACUGUCUGGGGCUGGUCGCGGCUCAAGUGGGCGGCCGCGGUGCCCUUCCUGGAGCCGGGCCGUGCGCCGAGAAGGAUGGUCAUCCUCCACAGCAGCGGCGACAUGAUAUUCGGCGGCUGCAGCGAGAACCAGAUCCUCUACAAGUACAACCAGAUCGUGAACGCCAGCGGUGUGCCCGCCAAGAUCGUCGUGGGGGGCGACCUGACCCCGCACCCCGAGGACCUCGGGUGGCACUUCGACAGGGCGGACUGGGCCGAGGCCCGGAGGCAGACGACGCUUGCAGGCCUCGGCGUACCUGCGGACUGGACCUCCAGCUACGCGGACUGCACCAACCGCACGCUCGGGCCCUGCUCCUCGGGCAAGGCAUACCAGUUUCUGGACUCCGGCUUCAUCAUGGGCGAGGUGGAGGCGAUUAAGGACAUGGUAACCGAGUUGUCGAGUCCAGUGUACACUGGCUGCGCGAACCGGAAGAUCAACGAGUAUUUCCUCAAGAAUCCAGGCACAGUGACCGUUGACUACGCCGGCCUCCUCUCGAUGUCCUUGCACAAUAUGAGGCCAGGGAACCUCCCAGUCAUAGUCGGCACGGAUAGGGACAAGCCGUAUCUGAGGAACCAGGUCAGCGACGCAGCUGUUUGCUUUGUACACGGAAGCGGAAACUCAUUCGCGGCUCUCCAGGAGAGCUCGCGAGGGAGCUGA